AACGGAACGCGCACGGUGCAGCGCGUUGUAAUAAAUCCGUCAACAACAACAACAACAACAACAACGGACGACGAGAACAUCGCCGAGUUCAAUCCGUCGUCAUCGGCUGCAACGCGACGCGCGGUUCGCGGUCCUGGUCGAAUGACAUCGGACGACCGCGGGUCCAGUUGAUUGAACGCCGCGCGAUACCGUCCGACAACCGCCCAUAUCCGCGUCAGGGUGACGCGAAUGUCACGUAAUGCACACGAUCUAAGCGGAUCGAACGGCGGAAAUCACCACCACUGCGAGUGUUGUUACUGACUCCGUCUCGCCAACAGCACGGGACGGAAAAAGCGUGUCCACUUCUGUCUCUACAAUGGAUUAUUUCAUCUUCGGCCGCGGUAGAUAGCGACAAGCAAAAACAGUAGUAGUGUCGUUGUGGGCAACAGCCACAAAUCAGCAACGUAAUGAUGUCAUCAGGUGGUGCCUAUGGCCAUCAGCCUUCGGCUGCCACUGCGGCAGCCGCGGCUGCAGCAGCUGCAGCUGCAGCAUCUUCUGCAGCAGCAGCGGCUGCCUCCUCAUCAUCAUCAGCUGCAAGCAGCUUUCUACACCUGGGUGACGUGGUGUCACUAUACUCGGAAGGCACUGUGUCCGGAUUCUUGAGCACAUUAGGGCUAGUAGAUGACCGUGUUGUAGUAUGCCCUGAAGCUGGUGAUCUUAAGAAUCCACCUAAAAAAUUCAGGGAUUGCUUGUUCAUGAUAUGCCCUAUGAAUCGAUAUUCUGCACAGAAACAGUUUUGGAAAGCUGCCAAACAGCAACAGCUGCAACAGCAACAACGUUUAGGUGGUAAUGGAUUUCCACCAGGUGUUGGACCGAUAGGGCCAACAGCUGCUGUUGGACCUCCAAUGGCCACUGAUACGGUUUUAAUAAAGCGAUUACAUCAUGCUGCAGAAAUUGAAAAGCGACAAAAUGAAUCUGAAAACCGUAAAAUCUUGGGAAAUGUAAUCCAGUAUGGUAAUGUUGUCCAGCUUUUGCAUCUGAAAUCCAAUAAAUACUUAACCGUCAACAAGCGUCUACCUGCCUUGUUAGAGAAAAAUGCUAUGCGUGUGUACUUGGAUGCAAAUGGUAAUGAAGGAUCAUGGUGGAAUAUUAUGCCAUUCUACAAGCUGCGUUCUACUGGCGACAAUGUUGUUCUUGGUGAUAAAGUCACUAUGGUACCAGCCUGUGUAGGCGGUGGUGGUGCAUCACUCGGAACACCUGGCUUAGGUGGAGCAAUGGGCGGUGCAAUGGGAUUUGGAUAUGGUGGAGGCAGCGGAUAUGGAGGAGGAGGAGGAUUCGGUGGCAUUGGUACAUUUGGUGGUGGCAGUUUUGGAGGCGGUAGUUACUAUCACAACCAGCAACAACAAGUAGCUUUACACGUAGCUGGAAAUUAUGAGCUCCCGGACAAUCCAGGUUGCAAAGAGGUAAAUGUUGUCAAUGCGGCUACCGGUUCUAUCCAUCAUCAUGUUCAACAUGGUAACCAACAAAUUCAACAGUAUCAACAACAAUCAUGGAAAGUUACACUGUUCAUGGAGCACCGAGAUAACCAAGAUGAUGUUCUUAAAGGAGGUGAUGUUCUUCGGUUAUUUCAUGCUGAACAAGAGAAGUUUCUUACUAUGGAUGAAUACAAACGACAACAGCACGUAUUUUUGCGUACAACAGGACGAACAUCUGCUACAGCAGCUACAUCGAGUAAAGCCCUUUGGGAAGUGGAGGUAGUGCAGCAUGAUCCAUGUCGUGGUGGUGCUGGUCACUGGAACUGUUUAUUUCGAUUCAAACACUUAGCCACUGGGCAUUAUUUAGCAGCUGAGGUGGAUGAUGAUGAAACUAUGGAUCAAAUGCGAUCAAAGCUCAGAGACGUUCAUGGUGGGCCUGUAUAUCACCUGGUGUCGGUACCACAUUCCAAUGAGAUAUCAUCAUUAUUUGAAUUGGAUCCCACAACAUUAUAUCAAGGUCGAAGUGGUAAUCGGCUCGCUAUUCGACAACUACAGUCUGGAGGCACUACAGCAUAUGGUGGGUCUUCUUCUACACCAGCUAUUUCAGGUUAUAGUGGUGGAUAUGGUACACCAGUAAUAACCACCCUACAACAUCAUCAACAGCCAGCUAACUUGGACUCAGUAGUGCCUCAAUCAUCAUAUGUCCGUCUUCACCAUUUGUGUACUAAUACAUGGGUUCACAGCACUUCAAUUCCCAUUGAUAAAGAUGAGGACAAACCAGUCAUGUCAAAAGUUGGCUGUGCUCCUGUUAAAGACGACAAAGAGGCGUUUGCUCUGAUACCUGUAUCACCAUCUGAGGUACGUGACUUGGACUUUGCCAAUGAUGCGUGCAAGGUGUUAGCUUGUAACAGUGCCAAGUUACUAGAACAUGGUUCAAUAUCUGCUAACGAAAGACGAUCUGUUACCACAUUACUUCAGGAUAUAGUAUAUUUUGUGGCAGAUAUGGAAAAUGAACAAAAUAAAUCUGAAGCAUUGGAGUUAGUGGUAGCCAAUCCAAACAGAGACCGACAAAAACUGCUUCGUGAACAGGACAUACUUAAACAACUCUUCAAGAUACUUCAAGCUCCAUUUGUUAUGGACAAUGUUAUCAACUCUAGUAGUGGUGGUAACAAUAAUAACAGUAGUGGUGCACAAGUAGAAUCUGGUAAUGGAGCUGCCUCUGCUAUUUUUGCUACAACGACAACAGAAUGUCCAGAUGGAGAUAACCAGAAGUAUGCUGCUGCUUAUAAAUAUAUGUUCAGACUAUGUUACCGGAUAUUACGACUAAGCCAGCAUGAUUAUCGCAAAAAUCAGGAAUAUAUAGCCAAACAUUUUGGGUUCAUGCAAAAACAAAUCGGUUUAGAUAUCUUAGCUGAGGAUACUAUCACAGCGUUAUUACACAAUAACCGUAAACUGCUAGAAAAACAUAUAACAGCAGCUGAAAUUGAAACAUUUGUGGGCUUGGUACGGAUGAAAAAUGGUGGAGGUGGUAGUGGAUUCAGUCAGUCAGCACCCAGAUUCCUUGAUUAUCUCAGUGACUUAUGCAUAUCAAAUAAAAAGGCUAUUGCUAUCACACAAGAGUUGAUUUGUAAAAGUGUAUUGCUAAGUGGUUCCAGAGAUAUUUUAAUUGAAACACGGAUGAUAAAACGGUUACAUCAGCGCCAUCACAGUAAUAGUGGUAAAGCUCCAAUGAAUAUCAAUGAUCUUGGAAAUCUUGAUUUCUCGGAUAAUUCUGAUUCAGACUUGAAUGAUGAUCAUGUUGUUAUGUUGUCUUGGAACAAUGGAAAGAAUUCUAAAUCGUUGGUUAGCUUGUCAGCCGAUGCACGACGUUGGCAACUGCAGCAGUUACAGCAACACCAUCAACAAAACAAAGUUGGCUCAGCAGCAACAGCAACUGCAAAAAAUUGUAGUGGUUUUGAAGAUUGGAAUCUACUUGAGUACUAUCGACAUCAAUUAGACCUUUUCUCAAACAUGUGCUUAAAUAGACAGUACUUGGCACUAAAUAACCUUUCACCACACUUAGAUAUUGAUUUGAUACUUAAAUGUAUGGCUGAUGAAAACGUCCGUUACGAUUUACGUGCUUCAUUUUGUCGGCUUAUGUUGCACUUGCAUGUAGAUCGUGACCCUCAAGAACCUGUCACGCCUGUCAAGUAUGCCCGUCUAUGGUCUGAGAUCCCAUUGAAGAUAAGCAUUGAUGAUUACGAUAAUAACAGACGGUUAAAUAAUGACACAGCUGCUGCACAACAGGUACGCACUCGAUUCAGCUCAACUAUAGCAUUUGUUGAAGAUUAUCUUUUCAAUGUGGUUGCAAAAAUGUGGAAUUUCCAAGAUGCUCAACAAAACAAGUUAACAUUUGAGGUCGUCAAGUUGGCUAGAGACUUGAUUUAUUUCGGAUUCUAUAGUUUUGGUGACUUGCUUCGACUUACAAAAACGUUAUUAAGCAUUUUGGAUUGUGUAUCAGAAAACGACUUUGCUGCUAUCGGACGUGCUAGUGGUAGUGAUAUUGUCAGCGCUACGGCAUCAGUAUCGACAACAUCAGCAACAGAUGUACAAACAGAAGGAAUAGGUGCUAUGAGGUCAGCCAUCGGUGAUGUGGGUGCCGUAGUAACUGGUCUUACGUUGGGUGGAGGUGGUGGACGCAGGCCUCCGCCACCAUUGCUGAAUAAAUCGAAGUCCACUCUAAGUAUGGUCACCACAACAACGACCGGUUCUUCUUCGUCGUCACUUCUGCAUCAACAAACUUCUGGAGGUGGUGGUACUACGAUUGUUAGUGGCGAAGCGUAUCCUCUGGUUAUGGAUACCAAAUUAAAGAUUAUUGAGAUACUACAGUUUAUAUUAGAUGUGCGCUUGGAUUAUCGUAUCGGUUGUUUACUUUCGAUUUUUAAACGAGAAUUCGAUGAAAUCGAAAAAUCAGCUGCAAUCGCUGCGUCAUCCACUCCAACCACAUCACAGCUUUCUACCGAAAUAGGUGCCAGUUCUACAUCACCAACUUCGUCUUCUAGUACUACAACAACAUCGUCUACAGCUCCGCCAUCUGCUUCAUCAGCAUUCAUCGACCAUCAAUACCACAAAUCCAUCGAUUUGGAGAGGGUUGGUGCUCAAGCUGAACGCAUAUUUGGUGAAAGCGAAGAGUGUGGUGGUGCCGCUCUAGAUCUUGAUGACAAUGGUGGCCGUAUGUUUUUACGUGUGCUCUUGCACUUGACCAUGCAUGAUUACCCUGCCCUUAUCUCAGGAGCAUUACACUUGUUAUUCCGGCAUUUCAGCCAGCGACAAGAAGUAUUACAAGCGUUCAAACAAGUACAACUCCUUGUAUCGGACGCUGACGUUGAAUCAUAUAAACAGAUCAAAUCAGAUCUAGAUGUACUUCGACAAAGUGUCGAAAAAUCUGAGCUAUGGGUGUACAAAUCUAAUAAACCUACAACCGUUUCGGCAACCGUAGUAAAUCAACAACAACAUGGUGUAAGUGAUGAACAUCAACAUCAGCAACAAAUGUCAUCAGUUACCAACCAAGUUAAUACGACUUUAGAAAAUGUUACACCAGUGAUGAAUACGUCGUCGAUUGACGCGACUACAUCUUCACAACCCGCAGAAUUAGUAGACGAUUUAAAGAAUACGGUUCCACCAAUUAAAGAAAAUGGUGACACUUCCACAGUUAAUGGUGAUGAAAAUGACGAAGUAGAAGAUGAAGAUGAUGAAUAUAAAAAAAUACAAAAAAUUUUGAUUCGAAUGAAUGAACUGUGUGUAACUCGUGUACCCUGUGCUGCUGGCAAUGGACUACAGCCGUCGUCUUCCAAGUCAAGUCUAUCCUCAAUUCCGGUAAAAUAUAUAGCUACAAACACAGUAACAGCAAUGAAAAAACCUAGAAAACACGAACAGCGAUUGUUACGCAAUGUAGGCGUACACACGGUAGUGUUAGAUCUCCUUCAGGUACCAUAUGAUCGUAAAGGUGAUCGGCGCAUGGAUGGCCUCAUGGAGCUAGCCCAUGAAUUCCUUCAAUCAUUUUGUCUAGGAAACCCUCAAAACCAGCAUUUACUGCAUGCUCAUCUGGAUCUAUUUCUCAACCCUGAGAUUCGAGACGCGCGCACUGUAUGUGCUAUAUUUAAAGACAAUCCGGUUUUAUGUAACGAAAUUGGUGGCGGUGGUGGUGAUAAAGUUAUUCAGCAUUUCAUCCACUGUAUUGAGUCACAAGGUAAACGAGUAGAGUACUUGGAAUUCUUUCAAACUAUAGUAGGAUGUUGCUCACCUGAAUCUGGAUCUGCUUCUGGAACUGGACCACAUGGGACAGCUCAAGAACCCGAAAACUACUAUUACAAUGGUAGUCCAAAGCAUCGACAUGGGGCAGCAGCAACCGCGGCAGUAGCAAUACAAAAGCAGCAAUUUAUAAGAAAAUCACAAGAUAUGGUUAUGCAAGAAUUACUUAAUGCUGGCGAGGAUGUGCUGGUGUUUUACAAUGACAAUAAGGCGUCUUUUCAACAAUUUGUUGAUAUGAUGCGAAAUGAACGUGAUAGACAAUACCAAGAAGACCUACAGCUACUGGUAAUGGCAUCAGAGAACUUCAAAAGUUCUAAUAAAUCACAAGAGAAUCAAAAAGUAAUUGAUGAUGGUGUACAAGGAUUAACUAAAGAAGUAGUGGAAACGAUGAUUACAGAAGACUGCUUGCAACGUGAAAGAGUGGUUGAAGAAUCAGAAUACGAAGACAAUAAUGAUCAUGGUGCUCUACGAUACCAUAUUGAAUUAGUGAAACUAUUGGCUGAUUGUACAAUUGGUAAAAAUGUGUACACAGAAAUAAAAUGCCACAGCCUGUUGCCCUUGGACGACAUUGUAGCUAUGGUGUCGCAUCCUGACUGCAUACCGGAGGUAAAAGAAGCAUACGUUAACUUUUUGAAUCACUGUUAUGUGGAUACCGAGGUUGAGAUGAAAGAAAUAUACGCGUCGAAUCACAUGUGGACAAUUUUCGAAAAAAGUUUUCUACCCGACAUGAAUCGUGUAGCGGAUCAAGUAGCCGCUGCGGCUUUAACGAAGAACUCAAACUCUACAUCGACCGUUCCCUACUUGACUCGAACGAAAUCACAUCGCCAGCUGACCAAAUAUGUGUGUGAUUCUCUAAUGACAGUAAUCGGUUCGUUUUUCGGUAGUCCAUUUUCAUCGACGGCCGCAGCAGCAGCUACGGAGGCCGCCGUGUCUGCAUCUUCAUCCAACCAUCAUCGAAUGCGCACAAGCAUCGACGACGUUGGUUCAUCUUCAUCGGUCUUAGCAGCCGCUGCCUUGGCCACUAAUAGCAACGCAACCGCGGCAGUGCAGGCCAGACAACCAAUAUUCGUACAGCUACUACAAGCCGCAGUUCGGGUACAUAAGCAACUGACUGCUGCUGGAUAUUUAACAGUCCAACAACGGUUUAAAAUAGAGAACACAAUACGUAUAUUAUCUAAUUAUGCUAAAAACAUACCAAUCGAAUUACGCUCUGAUUUGCAAUCUGAAAUCAGCAGUAUAUUAAACAAACAGUCGCAAACAACAGCUGGAGGAGGAUCAUCGGGUAAUACAUCACCAUCGGAUCUGUUGUUUAGAAGGCAAACAACCAAAUGGUUACUAGCAGCCAAGUCUACACCUAAAAAAAUGAUUGAAAGAUCGCAGUCUCAGUUGAUAAGGUUGGAUAAAAGCAUCGUCGAAGGGUUACAGGAUAUUGUAUUGGUUUUAGAAGAUCAGCUCCGACCUUUAGUACAAGCCGAGCUUUCACUUCUCGUUGAUAUUUUGUACAGACCUGAACUAUUAUUCCCUACUGUAGCAGCAGCUGCAGCUAUUGGUGACACAGCAUCAGUAGCAGUAGCUGCAGCAACGUGUGGUGUUACUGGUUUCAUCAACAGGCUCAUCAAACAUACAGAACAGUUGCUAGAAGAAAAAGAAGACAAAUUGUGUGUCAAAAUUUUAAAAACCCUUCAAGAAAUGAUGGCUAUCGAUUUAGAUUACGGUGAUAAGGGAGAUGCACUUAGACAAAACCUUCUUGUGAGGUACUUCAAUGGUGGCAAUUCUGGUAUUGGAGUAAUGGGUAAAAAUAGAUCAAGCGAUAGUGGAAUAGAUUUGGCUGAUCAUGAUGGUGAUAAAGGAAGUUGCAAUGGUACUGAUGAUGAAGACAAUGACAAUGUUUCUACAACCUCUAGUAGUCGCCUUAAUGCAAAUAUCCCUGGAGAUUCUACGAAAAAGAUGAAUAUGAAUCAGCAACACCUGCAAUAUUUACCUCAUCCAGCAUCAAAAACGUCAUGGUCUCCUCCUCCUCCUAUAUCAUUUCGAUCUGAGCAGCAGCAACAACAACAGCAUAGAGUUACCCAUGGACCGGGAGCCAAAUUUUUACAACGUGCUGGAUUGACAUUGCAUGAAGUACAGACCCAUUUAGACCGUGAAGGAGCAUCUUAUCUUGUAGUUGAGUUAAUUAUCAAAUCAGCUGCCGCAUCUGCUGCUGCAGCAUCAGUAUCCGGUGGUGGUGGAGGAGGUGGUGAGGCUGUCGGUGGUUUCUUCGGUUCCAACGGUGUUGGCGGCAUUGGUGGAAACUUUUUCGGCAACAAUUACUUUGGUGCCGGUAGCGGAGUAUUUAGUGGCAUGGGACCAACAGCUUCAGCGGCAACCGCAGCUCUAUCUGCAUCUCCAUCUUACUCAAUAUUUUUCGAGGCCGUGCAGCUUGGUGUCGCCCUGUUAGAAGGUGGUAAUCCAGUAGUCCAACGUAGCGUUUACAACAAACUAUUGUCCCCACUACCUCCGGGUACAGCUGCUGCUGCUGCAGCCGCGGCUUCGGCAGGUGGUGGAGGUAGUGGUGGUCGUAGUAGUGGCGCAAGUCCUACUGAUCCAUCAGUUAAUUGCUGUCAACUAUUUUUCCGAGUGUUUUAUGAUAAAAUGCGUGACGCUCAAAACGAAAUUAAGUCGACAGUUAUCGUGUCGGUUAAUACAGCUGCAACAACAGCUGCAGCUCAAGCAGCUCAACAACAACAACAAGAGGCAGAAAUGGCUGCCGGUGGACGGCGAAUUCCGAGUGUUGGUGGGCAAAAAAAUCGUAGUGGUCAGCGACGACAAAAUCAACGUUUCGAUCGGCACCCCGGCAAAAAAGGUAAAACAACGAUGUCUGGAGGUGGUCAUGGAACACGGCGCAUUUUGAUGACUGAAGGGUUACGAGAAGAACUUGCACAGGCUGCGGCUGCCACCAGCCAGGCGUACGCUGUUGGAGUUCGAAAUUUGUCUAUGGCAUCUAUGACAAAUGCUACUGGUGAACUUGACAAUGAUGACGAUGGUGAAGGAUCAUUGACGUCAAAUGAGGAUGGUAUUGGGUCUGCAGCUGAUGGACUUCAACGACCAGAAAACUCAUACUACUAUAAUUAUCAUAGACAACAGCAACAGGAAUACAUGCAACAACAACAACUACUGUCACCAAAAAUCUUGAUUAUGCAACCCAUACUGCGGUUUCUCCAGCUUCUGUGUGAAAACCACAAUCGUGAUCUACAAAACUUGUUGCGCAAUCAAAACAAUAAAGUUAACUAUAACUUGGUGUCUGAGACUUUGAUGUUUUUGGAUUGCAUAUGUGGUUCAACAACUGGUGGCCUAGGACUAUUGGGUUUAUAUAUCAACGAAAACAAUGUGUCACUCAUUAAUCAAACGCUGGAAACGCUUACGGAAUACUGCCAGGGACCCUGUCAUGACAAUCAAAACUGUAUCGCUACACACGAAUCCAAUGGGUUAGACAUUAUCACAGCGCUUAUACUGAAUGAUAUCAAUCCUUUGGGUAAAACACGUAUGGAUCUAGUACUGGAGCUGAAGAACAAUGCAUCUAAAUUACUGUUGGCUAUCAUGGAAAGUCGAGGUGACGGCGAAAAUGCUGAACGUAUUCUCUACAAUAUGAAUCCUAAGCAAUUGGUCGAUGUGGCAUGUCGGGCAUACUAUCAACAAAAUUAUGAUUCGUCGUCCUCAUUGGCUCGCCGUCGCCGUCUUGGUAGUAAGUCAGCAUCCGCUUACGGUGUCGUCGAUGAUGACGACGAUGUUAGCGAAGAUGAAGAUGAUGAUGAGGAUGAUGACCACGAUGGCUGCGAUGAAGACAACUGUGAUGAUGAAAAUGUACGGCUCAGAGAAGGAGUGUCCACCCGUCGUGGUCGCAGUACUAGUGCCUUUCUUAAUAAUAGUGCUGAAGGUGACGAUGACGAUGAUGACGAUGAUGAUGGUGCUGUCUCUCCGAAAGAGGUAGGCCACAAUAUUUACAUAUUGUGUCAUCAGCUAGCUCAGCACAAUAAAGAAUUGGCUGGAUUGUUAAGACCCAACAGCCUAUAUUGUAGUGAAGUCGAGAAUGGACAAGCGGCAAGUGGACAAAACCAACAAGAGCAGCAACAACAACAGCAACAAUUACUACAACAGCAAAACCAAGUGGAUCCUCGAGUUAACCGAGCGCUGGUGUAUUAUGCAUCGCAUACAGCUCAGAUUGAGAUUGUUCGUCAUGAUAGGACUCUAGAACAAAUAGUAUUUCCCAUACCAGAAAUUUGCUAUUACCUAACCCGUGAUACAAAAAUUAAAAUUUACAACACGGCUGAACGUGACGAUCAAGGAUCAAAAGUAUCAGACUUUUUUGAAAAAACCGAUGAUAUGUUUAAUGAAAUGAUGUGGCAAAAAAAGCUGAGAGCUCGACCAUCUCUAUUCUGGGUCAGCAGCUACAUGUCUUUGUGGAGCAAUAUUCUGUUUAAUUGUGCUGUUAUCAUCAAUCUGAUUGUUGCGUUUUUCUAUCCAUUCGAUCACGACGGAAUCGAUCGGAACGAUGGUGUUAACAACGACAGUGGUCAACAACGCAGAAUGAUAAAUGCAUUAGGAGGACAUAUUUCGGCAGCAGUAUGGCUUGGGUUGUUAGCUUCGAUUUGUGCGGCUUCGUUUUUGUUGUGGGCUCGAGUUGAUGAAAAUGCAGAUGACAUCGACGACGAGGAAGAAGACGACGAUGAAGAUGAAGAUGAUGGUGGAGAAAAUAGCGGUACAGAUCGAAAACAACAGCAGCAGCGAAAAACGUCUCUCCGUCGUAAACAACGGCGACGGCGUAGACGAAGACGUACGUUGCUCACAACCAGGACUAGCCGCCGAAGGUGGACAGCCGCAGUGCGUACUACUUUAGUAGUCACUGCCAUUCUCCGAUUGAUCUUGUCUGUCGGCCCGGAACCUACUUUGUGGCUGUUAGGUGCAAUCACGGUUGUAAUGAAAAGCGUGCAUAUAAUCAGUAUCAUGGGUAAUCAGGGUACAUUCACUAAACGCCUGGGCGAAAUAUUGGUUUCAGCAGAGAUACUUUAUCAUCUGAUGUACAUUAUGUUUUGCGUGCUUGGUCUAUGUAUGCAUCCGUUCUUCUACAGCGUUUUGUUAUUAGACGUCGUGUAUCGAGAAGAAACAUUGUUGAACGUCAUACGGUCAGUCACACGUAAUGGUCGAUCUAUCAUAUUGACCGCCGUCUUGGCUCUCAUAUUAGUUUACCUGUUUUCAAUAAUCGGGUACAUGUUCUUCAAAGAUGAUUUCCUCGUACAAGUCGAUGACGACGUUGUAUUUGAAAAUGGUGAUAGUAACGAACAGACCUGUUCAGCGACGAUGGUAGGAGAAAAUGUUGACUGCAAUGAUGCUAACAGUUUGACAAGAUCAUCAUUGUUAGUAGAUGCAGGAGGAGGUGACAGAAAAGAAAGAGCUUGCGACUCGUUAAUUAUGUGUAUUGUUACGACGUUAAAUCAAGGUCUAAGAAAUGGUGGAGGUAUAGGUGAUAUACUUCGUGCUCCCAGUAGUCAAGAACCUCUUUUUGUGGCUCGUGUCGUGUAUGAUCUUCUGUUCUUCUUUAUUGUCAUCAUUAUCGUUUUAAACUUAAUUUUCGGUGUCAUCAUCGAUACGUUCGCAGACCUGCGUAGCGAAAAGCAAGAAAAAGAGCAAAUACUGAAAAAUACUUGUUUCGUAUGUGGUCUAAACAGAUCUGCGUUUGAUAAUAAGACCGUGAGCUUCGAAGAACAUAUAAAGUGUGAGCAUAAUAUGUGGCACUAUCUGUACUUUAUCGUUUUGGUAAAAGUCAAGGACCCCACGGAGUUUACUGGGCCUGAGAGUUACGUAUAUGCCAUGGUCAAGGAUCGCAAUCUAGACUGGUUCCCACGAUUGCGAGCUAUGUCUCUGUUAAUGGCGGCCCAGGUGGAUAGUGAGGGUGAACAAGUUGAGCUUCGAGGCUUGCAGACCCAGUUGGAGAUGACACAGACUUUAGUGGCUCUGCUGUCACAGCAGCUGUCCGAGCUUAAGGAACAGAUGACAGAACAGCGAAAACAGCGGCAACGAAUCGGACUAUUGAAUUCUACCAAUGCAUAUUAUGGUGUUGGUGGUGGUAAUGCUGGUGUUUUUCGUCAACAACAAAUGGGCAUGAUGUGAUACGCAUGUUUUAAAUUUUUCUACGAUAAUAUAGAUGUAUAUUAUAUAAAAUAAUUUAAAACAAUAUGCGCUCAGAAACGUUUGUGAUAACAGCAAUAGUUAUGGGGUUAGCAAUAAAAUAAAUACUUAAAUGAAGAAGUGAUUAUAAUUUUAAAAAGUUAUUAAUGCUAUAAUUAUUAGUGUAG